AUGCCGGUGCGCUUCAAGGGGUUGAGUGAGUACCAGAGAAAUUUUCUGUGGAAAAAGUCGUAUUUGUCAGAGUCCUGUAAUUCCUCAGUGGAGAGAAGACACCCAUGGGCUGGACUUAGAUCAGAUCAAUUAGGAAUCACAAGAGAGCCAAGUUUUAUUUCGAAAAGAAGAGUCCCUCAUCAUGACCCACAGAUUUCAAAAUCUCUUGAGUGGAAUGGAGCUACCUCAGAGAAUGAUGUGGUCCUAUCACCAGAAACUGAAGCUCCCAGAACACCAGAAUCACAGGAGGCAGAACAAACAGAAGAUGUUAACCAAGAAAGACUUCUUCCAGUAGAAGCCUCCAGGGGUCCCAAGAGAACCAGAUCUCACUCUGCAGACUCUAGAACUGAGGGGGCUUCAGAUAUUGUAGAAAAUAAGGAAGAUGUAAAAGCAGACCGCGUACCAGCUAAUGAAAAUGUGGAGCUGAAACAUCCUACCAAGCCUCUUUCAGAAAAUGUAGAUGAUAGGUUAGAUAGACUUCUGCGAAAGAAAGCUGGAUUGACAGUUGUUCCUUCACAUAAUGUCUUGAGGAAUUCUGAAUAUCAAAGGCAGUUUGUUUGGAAGACCCCUAAACAACCUGCUCCAGCUUUUGCAGCCAAUCAGGUUUUCCACAAUAAAAGCAAAUUUGUUCCACAAUUCAAAGGUAACUCAGUCAUCCAUGAAACUGAAUACAAAAGAAAUUUUAAGGGCUUAUCCCCAGUGAAAGAACCAAAAUUAAGAAGUCAUUUGAAGGAAAACGGAAAUUUUGAAACAAUAUCUCCUGAAAAGAAGUGUAAUAAAACAGAUGAUCCUUUAAAAUCAGAAGCAGAGAUGGAAUCAAAAGACUCAAACCAGCCUAAAAAGAAACUUACUCCUUGGAGACAUCAAAGGCUUGGGAAGGUGAAUUCAGAAUAUAGAGCAAAAUUUCUGAGCCCAGCCCAGUAUUUAUAUAAAGCUGGGGCUUGGACACGUGUGAAGGAAAACAUACCAAAUCAGGCUUCUCUAAAUGCCAUGUGGUAUGCGGAGGUUAAAGAACUCCGAGAGAAGGCUGAGUUUUAUAGGAAACGAGUUCAGGGAACCCAUUUUUCUCGGGAUCAUUUGAAUCAGAUUCUGUCUGAAAACAACCGUUGUUGGGAUGUCUCCUCAACCACGAGCUCAGAAGGAACCAUUAGCAGCAACAUCAGAGCGCUGGAUCUUGCUGGAGAUCCUACAAGCCAUAAGACUUUGCAAAAAUGUCCUUCUACACAGCUAGAAGAAAAAAAGUCUAUCUUGGAAGAACAGCCCCAGAAAACUACCACAGAGAAACUGGGUGUGUCAAAUGCUCCCAUCCCCGUUAGAAGGCGUCUGGCGUGGGAUGCUGAGGACACCCCUGAAGACACACAGAAACAACCGAGGGAGGAGGAGCCGGAGGAGCAGGAGGAGCGGGAGAGGGACAAGCAGGUCAGCGUGGAAGAGCCGGAGAAGCUGGAGGUACAGGAAGAAUCUAAAGCAGACAAGAUCAAAGAAGAGUCGGAGUCAUCUUCUAUGUCUUCAGGGAAAGGAGGCAGGCUUCCUACUCCAAAGCUGAGAGAACUGGGUGGAAUCCAGAGGACUCAUCAUGAUCUUACCACUCCAGCUGUUGGUGGUGCUGUUUUAGUAUCUCCAUCUAAAGUGAAGCCUCCAGUCAUAGAACAGAGGAAAAGAGUAUCCUCUCAGGAUGGCUUAGAGACUUUGAAGAAUGACUUUAGGAAGAAAGAAAGUCGUGCUAUAUCCCUCCUGACUUCUCCAGCUGCUGGUAUUAAAACAGUUGAUCCCUUGCCUUUGAGGGAAGAUUCUGAACCCAGUAUCCCCAAAUUUGUUGAGACAACUCUUCCGGUUUCAAAAAUGCCAGAAUACCCACCUAACACACCUGGGAAAUCUGCUUCUCCACCCUGUGCCACAUCCUACUGGCAUCCUUCUCGUCGAAUUCAGGGCUCCCUGAGAGAUCCGGAAUUCCAGCAUAAUGUGGGAAAAUCAAGGAUGAACAAUUUCCAGUUACCUCAGCAUGAAGCCUUUAAUGAUGAAGAUGAGGACAGAUUAUCUGAAAUUUCUGCUCGCUCUGCAGCUUCUAGUCUCCAGGCUGUUCAAACUCUGGCACGAGCUCAGAAAAGGAAGGAGAAUUUCUGGGGUAAAACAUAA